UACGCAUGCGUGCUUUUUAUUCAUCAUUUGCACGUGCUUUCAGCUGCCGAAAUGCACCAGUUUACUCUCAGUGUUCGACCAAACCUGCCGUUGAGAAAACCGUCGACAAGCCCCAUGGCUCUCUCCACCAUAGCGCCUCCUCCGAGGUUCACCAUCCCCGAGGCGACCCUCGCUCGUCAGGCUUCAGGAGCCACAGAAGACGGGCGGCUAUCUGUGCCAGUUAUCAUGGAUAAAUCUGGAUUGUUAGGAUCCAAGCCACCAGCUUUGACUGUAUACUUCUGCAACUACUGUGGACAACAAGGAAAUUUUAGGUGCAAGCGCUGCAAGAAGACACCUUACUGCUCUGUGGGGUGUCAGACUGAAGACUGGAAGGCACACAGACACAUGUGCAAGGCUGUUGAUCCAGAACCUGCAAAUGAGAAACCAAAAGAGAUCACAGCUUCACCCGUGGCAGCAGACAGAGCCAUCCCACUCAAGACUGAGUUGAAGCAUGGUGAUGCCCCCAGCAUCAAGAGAGUCUAUUUGAGAGACUUGCACAUGACUAAAAUCAUAAAAGGAACAGAUAUUCAGGCAUCUGUAGUAGAGUUCUACAGCCCUGGCAGGUUUUUCCUCCUCCCCCAAAGCCCUGAGUUGCUUGAAGCUUUGCAAAAGAUCAGCACAGAGCUGCAGAAAACGUACAGCUGCCCCUCAGUCACAACAUAUGCACCCUGUGUUGGAGAGGUUUGCGCGGUGCAGUUCUCCACUGAUAUGAAAUGGUACCGAGGCUUAGUCCAGAGUUUUGCUGCUGACCAGAAGACGGCUAAUAUCCUUUACAUCGACUUUGGGAAUGAAGAAGACGUUCCUGUGGAGAGGAUCAAGCCGCUAGCUGACAACAUCCAGCCAUGUUGGCCAUGUGCGAUGGAGUGCUGUGUUGCUGGUGUGGUGUCAGCAGGUGGCAAAUGGUCAAGGGAGUGCUGUAUGGCAGUGACACAGAUGUUGGUGGGAAAGAUAGUGAAAGUAAAGCUGGUGGAAACACUGGAGAAUGGUCGCAUCCACACAGUGGAUAUCAUGCUUUCCAUGGGAAUGCAGUUGAGCACAUUUCUCAUCGAGCAUGGUUUUGCAACAGAGGAAACGCAGACCAAACCAACAGAGCAAGACAUAUGUGCCAUGUUGAAUGCAUCCUUUGAAAACUUCAAAAAAUGCUCUGAUGGGAAGGAUGACAACACCUGGGCUAAGCCACCUGAGCCAAUGACCCAGGCAGUGGGAGAUGCCUUCUUCGUUGUGGUCACUCAUAUUGAUUCACCCAGUGAAAUUAUUGUGCAGAAAGUUGAAAAUGCUGGAGUGAUUCAGCAGUUACAAAUAGAGCUGAGGGAACACUGCGCUAUUGUCCCUGCGCCUCAAAACUUCAGACCAGCCCCCAGCACAGUCUGCUGUGCCCAGUUUUCAGAAGACAAGCAGUGGUACAGAGCCCAAGUUUUGGCGUAUUCAUCAGAAGAGCGUGUCUGUAUUGGUUACCUUGAUUUUGGCAACUCUGAGGAAGUGGAUUUAGCUUACCUAAGACCGAUCAGCUCUUCACUGCUUGCCCUGCCCAUGCAGGCUAUGCCCUGUGGCCUAGCAGGAGUACAGCCUGUUGGGGAAAGCUGGUCAAAGGACUGCAUCUUGGCAUUGCAGAGAAGAGUAUCAAACAGAAUUCUGCGUGUUGAGAUCCAAGGAGCGCAUCAGGGCAAAGCUUUAGUGUCCAUGAUUGAUGAGGCCAGUGAUCCUCAGGGUAAUGUGGCCGAGCUGCUGAUCUCUGCUGGUUUUGCUGCAUCUGCUCCUAUUAUCAGCUGCAGUGACCAGCAGGAUGCAGGGAGUGCAAGUGCUACUGAAGAACCCCAGGUGCCUCCUCCAGCCUGUGAGCCUCUGAAAUGGUCUUGGACAGAACUCCCCAGUGAUGGCAGAGCGAUGGUGUUGCUAGCUAGUGUGGUGGAGAACCCUGGAAAGUUUUAUUGUCACAUCAACAAUCCUACAGACCAUCAGCAGCUGAUAGAGCUCAGUGCUGAGUUGAAGCAGCAUUGUGAAGCAGGGACUGGCCCUUUUGAGGCCAAAGUAGGAGAGCCGUGCUGCGCCAUGUUCCCUGGUGAUGGAGCAUGGUAUCGGGCGAUGGUAAACGGGCUGUCUGAAGACAAGGUGUCUGUAAACUUCGUGGACUAUGGUUACAGCAUGAAACUGGAAAAGAAACAUCUUCGAUCCAUUACACCCAAACUCCUGGCUUUGCCAUUUCAGGCUGUUCACUGCUGGCUUUCAGGUGUAGAGCCCCUGGGAUCAGAGUGGAGCAGUGAAGCCCUUCUCUGGUUCCAGACUCGGGUCGACGGUGAGCAUCUCACUGCACGCGUCCUCUCUGUCACUGAUCAUGGCUACGGUGUGGAGCUGGAGAGCAGAGGGCAAAAUGUGGGGGCAGCUCUCAUUUCUGAACAACUUGCCAAAGCUCCUGGAGAGCCUCCCACUGAGACACAUCCAACCACGGGCCCUGUGGCCACACAGCAAGAGAAAAUAGACAACAGCAAGAAUGGAGCAACACAAGCACCAGCCUCCAACCAGACAGGAGCCAAAGAGCAAACAUCUGAAGUGCAGACCGCAGAACUGCCAGAAGCUCCAUCGUUUCCAGUGGACUGGAAGACAGUGGAGCUACCUCUCAAUGAGACCUUUCAGCCCUACAUUGCAGCCGUCAUUAACCCAGCUCUCUACUACGUGCUUGUUCCCAAGCAAGUGGACCAGAAGAAGCUUCAGGAGGUGAUGAUGGAGCUGGCAGUCUACUGCAGCAACAACCAAGCCUCUUUAUCCUCCGCUGUCCUGAGCGUACCGGCUCCUGGGGCGGCCUGCUGUGCUCAGUUCUCUGCUGACAAUAACUGGUACCGUGCAGUGGUCCUGGAGGUCGGUGAAAAUGAGAUGAGCAUCAUCUACGCAGAUUACGGUAACACUGAGAAGGUGCCAUUCUCCCGUAUCUUGCCCAUCUCUGCUCACCUGCUGCAGCUCCCCUUUCAGAUCACUCGCUGCACCCUCUCUGGUAAGGAGCACUUUCCUGCAGUGUGGACGCAGGAUGUGCGGGAGAUGUUUCGAAACCUGCUGCAGACUGAAGUUCUCGCCACCAUUCAGUCCUUUGAUGGGUCUGCUAAUGUGCUCUCGCUCACUCUGCCCACUGAGAGUGGCGGGGGAAACAUCGCUGCCAUAAUCUUGGGUGCUCUAGAGGAGCAGGCAAAAAUGAAUCCUACCCCCUGCAUCACCACAAAGCCUGACCAAACUGACAGCAGCUUAUCUGUGACUACCAGCACCUCAGCUGAACCAAACUGCCCUGAAUCCAAGUCUGUGUCGGAAAUCGAAGACACAACCAAGACACCAGAGCCAGCACCGAGGGUUACAGUUCAGGAGACUAACGGUCCCACCGUGUCUGUCUGCGAUCCUGUUAAGAAGAUUAUUGGACAAAUGGAGCCUCCCUGUGGAUUUGAAUCAAAAGAUCCUGCGACAUCAACCUGCUGCUGUUUGAGCCUGAAGUCUAAGAUUGACCACAUGGAAGAGAUCAUGCAGUUGCAGCUUUCUCUCAUCAAACAGUUAGUGGGACAGACAAAAUAAGAGGGUUCAUGACUUCCUUUCAGCAUAUUGUUGAGUGUACUGUUUUCCAGGAUUAUGUUUCUUUAAAAAAAGUUAACUCUUAAGGAUGUCUAAACAAGCAGCCACCCAACUGGUAUUUUUAUUUUGGUUAUCGUAUCCCAGCAGCUGCCAUUUAGCAUUAAAUUUUAUGACUGAUUUUCAGCUCAGUUCCUGGCUUUUGUGUUUUUAACCUUUGCUUUCUUUCACAUUUAAGGUUGUCAGUAUCACGUCGAAUGCACUUAGAAUGAUUGUUAAAAACAGCAGGAAAAGGGGCAGAAAAAAAGUUUAAACUUUA